GAGGAGGAGGAUGAAGAGAAGGCGAAUGCCAAGGAGAAGGAGAAGGACAAGGAGAAGGGUGAAGAAGACAAGGAGGAGGAGGAGGAGGAGGAUGAAGAGAAGAAGGACAAGGAGGAGGUGGAGGAAGAGGAGGAGAAGGAUGAGGAGGAGAAUGAAGAGAAGGAGGACAAGGAGGAGGAGAAAGAGGAGGAGAAGAACAAGGAGAAGG